CAGCCCUCCUAACGGACUACAAAACGAAACCAGCGCACUACUGGAGCUCGCGGAGGACUGACAGCUUGACAUCACUUAGAGUGUGCGUCUGAAAGUGCGGUUCUGAACUGACGUAUAAUUUUCCACCUGGGAGCUGACGAAAGUUGACAGCUUUGAAAAUGCAGUCGGAAUCGGGGAUCGUGGCCGACUUUGAAGUCGGAGAGGAAUUUCACGAGGAACCUAAAACGUAUUACGAGCUGAAGAGCCAGCCGCUGAAAAACAGUAAUCCAUCUGAGCAGCAGCAUGGCUCCUCUAAGCCCCCGCUGGGUUCGUCGGCCAUGACCUCUCGUAUCCUGCUCCGCCAGCAGCUGAUGCGCGAGCAGCUCCAAGAGCAGGAGCGACGAGAGCAGCAGAGACGGCAGAGCUCAGCGUACCCACAGCCCUCCAUCACCCAGAGCCCUGCCAUCAACGUCAGCGUCCCCGCCAGCCUGCCCAGUGCCACCCAGGUGCCCAUGGAAGUGCUGAAGGUUCAAACACAUCUUGAAAACCCGACGAAGUAUCACAUCCAGCAGGCUCAGAGGCAGCAGGUGAAGGCGUAUCUGUCCACCACGCUGGGAGGAAAGCUCGACCCGCAGCCCGUGAGCUUGCCGUGCCCCAGCCAGGCCCCUGACCACGGGGGAAUGCCUCCGGGGCCGGGCAACAGCGCCCCCAACAGUCCCAUGGCCUUACUGACCCUCAACUCCAACUGCGAGAAAGAGAUGGAUGAUGUCAUUGAUGACAUCAUUGGUUUGGAAUCCAGUUACAAUGAUGAUAUCAUGGGACUCUCGUUGGACCCCGGACUUCAGAUGGCCAACACAAUCCCUGUGUCAGCGAACCUCUUAGACAUGUAUAGUAACCCGGGCAUGCCGCCUCCAGGAAUCUCUGUUAGUAACUCGUGCCCUGCUAACCUGCCCAACAUUAAAAGGGAAUUCUCUGUUACUCCAUCUCCAGCCAUGAUGCACAUGAUGGACAAGCCCAGCUCCUGUAGCAAGUUUGAGAGCUAUCAAAGGCCUGAAGGGUUUCCUGUGGAGGCAGAAGUUCGCGCUCUUGCAAAGGAAAGGCAAAAAAAGGACAACCAUAACUUAAUUGAGAGGCGACGAAGAUUCAACAUUAACGAUCGAAUCAAAGAACUGGGGACUCUGAUUCCUAAAUCAAAUGACCCGGACAUGCGCUGGAACAAGGGCACUAUCCUGAAGGCCUCUGUGGAUUACAUCAGGAAACUUCAGAGAGAGCAGCAGCGUGCCAAAGAGCUGGAGAACCGUCAGAAGAAGCUGGAACACGCCAACUGCCACCUGAUGCUCAGGAUACAGGAGCUGGAAAUCCAGGCUCGUGCUCACGGACUGGCCGUCGCCUCGUCUACACUCUGUUCAUCAGAGCUAGCAUCCCGGCCCAUCAAACAUGAGACGGUCCUGGGAGACUGCUCCCGGGAUAUGUACCCUCACAUGCACCCGUCCUGCCCUGACAUGGGCCGCUCCAGCACCCUAGACCUUAACGACGGCACAAUCACCUUUAACGACUGUAGCACUUCCACUGAUGCGGGGGCUUAUGGUCUUGUCCCAAAGGCACAUGGCGACAUCAUGAUGGACGACACAUUGUCAUCUGUAGCAACGAGUGACCCACUCCUCACCUCCGUCUCGUCCGGAGCCUCGAAUGAAAGCAGCUUUAAGGACAGCGUGAACAUGGAGGAGAACGAGCAUGUUUGUUAGUGCAGCCAAACCUUCUUUUGGCUCUUUUUCCGGUAACACAAUUGACUUCUAAGGAGGAAGCACGGCCUGUUUUGUCAAGUGCAAAAUAAUAUUGUUUUUAUGUUUACACUAAUUUUAUUUUAUUGUAUUUUAACCUUAUUCCAGUUUGGUCUACCCAAAUUUCAUUGUGUUAUAAUAAUAUCAAAAUAAUCAAGGUCAGUAUCAUAAAACGAUUGAUUUGUGUAACUUCACAUAGGUGUAUUAGAAUAUAAUAAUAUAAAAGUGCACUUGAAAAUGGUGAUUUCUUUGGAUGUACAGUAGUGUGAUUGUGCACAGUUUAGAAGAAUACUUCUCUUUUUUAUAUAUCCUUGUAAAGGAAUGAUUUAAGCAAAAUGCUUCCCAUUUAAUGUGUAGAUGUUGAGCGACAGACAGUUUAUAUCUCAAGGGAUAGUUCACCCAGAAAUGAAAAUCUGCUGUUCAUUUAUUCAUCCUCAGGCCAUCGAAGAUGUAGGUGAGUUUUUUCAUUAAAAAAAUCAGUUUUUAGCUGAAACUGUGGUCCCUGGGAGAUUCAUAGAAUGCAAGUCAGCGGCUACCGUCGCUUCGAGAGUCGAAAAAGGAUAUACAGGUAACACAAAAUGAAUACCUGUAGCUCCUGACCAUAUAUUGAGGUCUUAUGAAGCAAAAUGAUCGGUCUGUGCAAGAAACUGAACAUUAUUUACAACAUUAUUACCUGUAAUCCAGAGCCUCAGGCAAAUGGUUCGGAGCAAUGUCUGGUUCGCAAACGAAUCAUUCUUUUGAACUGAUGCUCUUUAAUCGGACUGAACCCUCUGAAACAGUUUGUGGCACCACAGAUCUACAAGUUACUUAAUCAAAACUCACUUUCAGACGCCUGACAGUCACUCCGACUUGAAAUAAGCUGAAAUACCGGUGAAUAUGAUCCUAUAACAGUCACUGAAUGAAGGAAACAUUUAGACUGGGACUGAUGAGCCGCUGAUAUGCGCAUGCAUGAAUUGAAUGCUUGAAUGAAGGGACGAAAGGAAAGUUUUUAUGGUUUCUCAUGGUUUAUGUAAAAAGGUGAGGGGAGUAAAUGAAAAUGUCAUUUUUGGGUGAAAUAGUCCUUUAGCAUAGCUACAUUAAUCGUAACUAGUUCAUAAAUGUUGUGAAAAUUUCUGUUGAAUGUCGUUCUAACAUCACUCAAUGUUUAAGGAAACUUUUGAGCAACUGCUCUAAAAAUCGCAUCUUCCAGAUGAAAACAUACACAACCAAUAGAUGGACAAAGUAUGUUGCUGUAUGAAACAGCUGUCCCUAAAUUAUUUAUUACAGUUAUUAAUCAAUGGCAAUAGUCACUCAGUAUUAAUGUUUCUGGUACUGGAGAGUUUCUCGUAGCGCAGUGGAUUUGUGGAAUAAUCUUUAUACACAGAGGUUGAAGAAAUGCACAUGUGGAAGGACCGUUUGCACACAGCAUUUGAAAUAUCCAGCUGAUUUUCAGAUGUCCCAGAAUGUGCCAAGCAAUAAUCAAUAUUCAGCUUUAACUCUGCAGAAAACCUUCAAAUACGGUUCAAGUGGUUUUAUGCAGUGCCUGUAUAAUUAUGCUAAUGUAUUUCACCUCAUGCAUUUCUUAAGGUACCCUGAGGAUGCAUUUUAACACAGUGCAUCGCUUGAAAUAAUCCAUAAGAAUGUAAAAUCAUUUCUUAACACGUUUGAUGACUGAAGGAAUAGUCAUAUAAUUCAAACUUCAAAUUCAAAUUUAUUGCCCUUUAAACUUUUUAAAAUUUAUCAUUUUAACUAAUUUCUGUUUUACGUUUCUGCCAUACUUUUUAAUUACACUGUCCCAGUUUUUUUUUUUUUUUUUUUAUGUUUUAUAUUGGUGGUAAAAACACUGGAAGGAUUAUCAUAUUUUGGAAGAUUUAAAAAAAAAGAAAAAAAAUAUUUUAUAUUUUAUUCUAACACUUGUUUGGGUUUUUUAAAUUCUUACAUGGUGUAAAAUGACUGACUAUGUUUGUAAUAAUAAGCUGUACUGUUACUGUAUAUUUCUACUGUGCUCAACUCAGAUGUACUGAUGUUUGCCUUCGAGUAGCAUCCAAUCUGUGCCACUAUUAUGAUCAUGUAGCUGCAACUAUUAUGUGUUGUUUCAUAGAACUAUGCAAAUAUAGCUUUCUGUUGAGAAAUCAA